UAGGCAUUCCACAUUAUUCUGCUUCUUGCAUCAGACAGAAGAUGAUGCAUUGGUGGCUUAAAGCCGGAAGCAAAACACUAUUGGACCUUCUUAAACAUCUCAUUCCAGGUAUAAUUUGUUGGUUUAUUUGGAAAACGUAUGCGGAAUUCAUUUGGGGUGAUAGGGUAGGAGGUGUGUCAUCUGAGAGCAUUAUAAUUCAAAUAAAACAUUUCAUAAGUACCUGGAUAACUAGUCUUUCCAGAUUAAAAAUUCCCGGUGUGGAGGAUGUGUUAUUUGAAGAGGGGAUUAUUCCACGGAAUUUCAAGGUUUCGAGGAUGAAAAUCAGAGCUAUUCGAUGGAUUAAACCCCAAAAUUGUCUUAAGCUCAACACCGAUGCCUGUUACGUACCUGGGAAAGCUGGUGGUGCUGCUAUUUUGAGAAAUGACGAUGGGAAGUUGAUUGCGGCAAUCGCGUUUCCUUUGGUUGCCUCGUCGAGCCUGGAAGCGGAAAUCUUCUCCAUAGCUUACGCCUCUCGCUGGAUGGUAGACGCCGGGUUCCAUGGCUUUCAUGUUGAAACUGAUUGUAUGCUUGCACUGGGUUAUCUCACUCAGGUAAGAGACGGUCGAUGGAAGGGUUGCUUUCAAGAAAUGGAGCUUCUCAGAAUUAGGAAAGCGAUUAGUUUCGGACAUAUAUGGCGAGAGGCUAAUACUGCGGCCCAUUAUCUGGCCAAAUCUUCUACUAAUAUACUUCAGCAAUUUUACAGGGCCAAAGAUCUGCCAAUUCAGGCCCGUAAUGCUUACUUUGGGGAUUUAUUUGGUAUUCCAUGCAUUAGACACUGAUAACUUUGGCAAGAGGACUUCAGCUUGAGAAAACCAGCAGAGCUGUCAAUGUACUCUAUAUUGAGGCAGCUCUAUCGCAGUUGUUGCGAAUGGGUUCUUUAAGAAUCGCAUCCUUUGGUAAAUUAGUUGGAUGUUCACUUAUUUUGAUCUCAGCUAAUUUCACGCUGAUCUCUUAUGGACCUGAAUGAGACUGAAAGGACUAUGAACAUCAUAUUUCUCUAUCGUGCGCCACCAUACCUGCUUAUAUUCUUUCUUGUAUUGAUUCUUGAAUUUGUAAACUGCA